UUACAUUAUUAAUUUAGUCAUUUUUUUAAAAAAUCAAUUCAACAUUUAUUUAUUUAAGAUUUUUUACUUAUUUUUGUUGGCAAGAGACUCUGUACAUAAGACUCUGAACUAAAAUGUCAGACUCUUGUGGAUCUCUGAGGUAUCGUCUAGCUUCAAUUGUGGGAUUUGCUGGUCUGGUCUCUAUAUUUUUUUUCUGGUUUUACCAACCUCUGAUCAACUGUCCACCUCAACUACCUUCGAUUACACUGCAUUCAGAUGGACACCACAUACGGAUGAACAACUCAUCUAAAGGAAAGCAAGAUAAACCAAUACUUUUGUUAUGGGUCUGGCCUGAAAACUACAGAUUUGAUCUGAAUAUCUGUAAAACCAUUUACAACAUUGACGGCUGUCACCUGACGGAUGAUAGAUCUCUCUACAGCAACACGGAUGCUGUGCUGCUUUUUCAUAAAGCUAUUCGUCUGUCCACACUUCCUCCAUCUCCUCGCCCUCCGUUUCAAAAGUGGAUAUGGAUGAAUGUUGAAUCGCCAACUAACACACAGAAAAUACCAGGAAUUGAAAACCUGUUUAAUCUGACUCUCAGUUAUAGAGAGGACUCUGAUAUUCCUGUGCGGUUACGACUGACCAGCAGAAAGAUCCCAGAUGAGGAUUUUGAAAUUCCCAAAAAGGAAAGACUCAUCUGUUGGGUUGUGAGUAACAAUGCACGCAUGACAGGUGUUGGCACGAGAAACACUUACUAUAGAGAACUUAGCAAGUACGUCCACAUACACGUGUAUGGAAAAGCUUAUGGAUCGUUCCUGGAUUAUAAAGACUACUUUCCCACCAUAGCCAGCUGUAAAUUUUAUCUCUCCUUUGAGAACUCCAUUCACAAAGACUACAUCACUGAGAAGUUAAAUGGACCUCUGGCAGUAGGUACUGUACCUGUGGUGCUGGGACCUCCACGAAAAAAUUAUGAAAGGUUUGUACCGGGUGACUCAUUUAUUCAUGUGGAUGACUUUCCAGAUGUAAAGUCACUAGUAGAAUAUCUUGUCCGUCUGGACGUGGAUGAUGACGCAUAUCGCAGGUACUUUAACUGGAGGAGACAUUUCUCGGCUCGACCUCAUUUAAUAUUACAGAACCAAGAGUUUGUUCUGGCUAUUUGUACGGCCUGUGAUUAUGUAGGAAAACACAAGGAAUAUAAACAAGCUCAUGAUAUUUAUGAAUGGUUUUUCAACUAAUUUAAGAUCAUUAGAGAGAUUUUGCAGCUUAUUUUAAACAAUCAUGAUUUUGCUUAUAGUAUAUUUGAUAACUAAUCAUGCUGAUAGGUCUUUAUAGGAUACUGUAUGAUGUCUCAUUAUUGGGAGUAUUUCCUUGUUGACCGACCAGUUUAGCACAGACAGGCAUGAACUUUCUAUCGCUGCACUACUGCUUCUUGAUUAAUGUAUUUAAUAUCUGAAUCAAUGUUAAACAAAAUGACUUUACUAAAUUAAUAAAUGUUGUUCAUUCUUCUAUACAUUUAAGAAUGAUGGAAAAGUCAAACUAAUUUUGUAAGCUCUGGUUUCUGACUUUCUAAUUUGUAAUUCAUUUAAUAAGAAAACUGUGAAUUAUUCCUUUGAUAUGAGGUUAGUUUAUAUUGUUACAUUAUAUUUAUAUUUAUAUUGUUGUUCUAACUGUUUACUCAUUCUUUUCUAAUAUUUUGUCCACAUAUUAGAAUAGGCUAAUAGUAUAAACAAAUAGACUCCAUUAUACUCUACAGGGUACUCUACAUCAAUUUUUUUACAUCUAUUAAUUUUUUUUUACAUCUAUAUAUCUCUUAUUUGCUGUUUCAUUUUGUCCAAGUCAUAUUUAAACAUGUUUUUAUAUUAUUUGUUUUGUAAUUAAAUAAAUUAUUAUGCUGGCACAAUUGUAUUUUUGUCUACAACAUUAUUUUACAUAUUUAAGCAUACACCAUCAGAUAAAAAGAU